UACUUGCCAUUAUGCCAUUUAUAAUUAUUUAUACUUUAAGUGGUAGUUUAUACGUAAUAUUGUUCCAGCAAAGUACACAUGAACGAAAAACCUUUGUAAAAGGAAUCAAAAAUACUCUGACCUUAUUGAACGGACUUGAAAAUUCUUUCAAAAAAUCAAAUAAAUACGAGGAUAAAUUAUUAAAAUGUAGAAUGUCGCAUAAACAUUCUCAUCAUAAUGAUAUCUGGAAUACAGACGAUUCUACUACAAAAGACUCCAAAAAUUCAAACACAGAUUGUCUUAAAUCAUCCAGAAAUAUUUACAAUGUAACGGAAUCUUGGUCUACCAUGAGCAUGGUGUGUCUUCAAUACCAGUAUGAAGAAUUAACUAAACGUUACAAUACACUGUUACAAGCCUACAACGAAGGUUGUACUUCACUUAGCUCCCACGACAACGAAGUGUUAAACCUUCGGAAACGCAUAAACGAUGCUCACGAAGAAAUUACUAAUGCGAACAAAACAAUUCUAACUGUUGGAAAUAAGUACUUAACACUUAAACACAGAAAAUUAAUUCAGAAAGUCUGGUACGAAGGUAAGAUACAGAGUCUGAAGAGAGCGAUACGCACCAUACUCUUGACGGCGGAGCGCGCGUGUCUCGAGUUAAAUGAGCAACCGUGAGGCGGACGUUGUUU